AUGGCAGACAAUUAAGUUCAAAAUUGGGGAGAUUUAUCCUCCGAUGAAGAAAAUGAAAAACCUUAGGCUGAUUCUAAAGCCUAAAAUUAAUAGGGAGCUUAAAAUUAGAGACACAAUUAAUCAUAAUAAGGCUCAUCUGGAAGACAAUAAAGAUAAAGGCAAGAAUAAACUUAGGGACAAGUCGACUUGAAUUAAGAAGGAGAUGAACAUGAUAACAAUAUUAACAAUCCUGAAUAAUCUAAUUAAUAAGGGAACUAUAAUUAAAGAAAUAAUCAAUAAAGAAAAGGAAAUAGAGAUAACAGAGAUAAUAGAGAUAACAGAGAUAAGAGAAACAGAGGAGAUGGUAAUUAUAGAGGGAAUAGAGAUAAUUAGAAGAAUUUUAAAAAUAGAGAUUAUAACAAUAAUGAUAGAUAAGAUAGAAAUGAUAGAAAUGACAGAUAAGACAGAAAUGACAGAUAAGACAGAAAUGAUAGAUAAGACAGAAAUGAUAGAUAAGACAGAAAAUAACAUUAAGAUAGAGAUAAUGCUGGUUUAAUCUUGUAAAAGAAGGAACAAUUGAGCAAUUAUAAUGGAGAUAGUAUAAAUAUAUUAAUUCAUUAUAAAUUUGAUGAAAAUUAAAUAAAAGAAACAUUAAAAGACAUUACAACGAAAAACUUUAUUAUCACAGAAGAUUAAACUAAAUUUGAUGUAGAUAAAGAGAAUGCCCUUAAACUUUUAGAAGUUUACAAACUAUAAAUUGAAUUAGAUGGUAGAAUCCAAAAACUUUAUAUGAGAAUAGGUUCAGAUCAUCACGAUAGAAACAAUUAGGGCAAUAGAGGAGGAUAUCAGAAACAUAAUUAUUAAUAAAGAUAAUAAAAUAACGAUAACUAAAAUGAUUUUGGAAACAGAAACAGAGAUGAAAAAUACUAAAACAAAAGGAAUAAUUUUGAACCUACUAAAAUUUCUAGAAACAUAUCCUCCAAAGUUGAUGAUAAUUAAUAAUAACCUGAAUAACAAUAAUAGUCAUAAACUGAUGCUUAAUAACACUAAGGAGAUCAUUAACAAUAAGACAACUAAAAAUAAGAGAGAAGAGAUGAUAAGACUGUAGGUUAAGAAGAAAAUAAUUAACAACACAUUCCAUAAGAGCAGAAUCAAAGAAGAAAUAAUUACAAAGGGUACGAUAAUUAAAAUAGGGGCUACAACUAAAAUUAUAAAUAAUACAAUAAACACAAUAACUAUGACAGAGAAUAGAACAAUCAAAACUAAGAUCAGGAGGGAUAAAAUAGGGAUGAUUAAAAUUAAUUCAGGAAUAACCAUAACAAUAAUUAUAGAGGAAAUAGAGAUAGACAAUAAUAUAGAAAUUAAAAUGAUGAUCAUGAUUAAGAUGACUAAAAUAAUAGAGAGGAAAGAGAUAACCAAAGAGGAGGUCAAAGAAAUUAUUAAAAUAAUAGGGGGAAUUACAGAAACAAUUACAAUAAAAAUAAUAGAGGAAAUGACAAAGACAAUGAAGUCGAUAAUGAUAAACCUAAUUUUAAUAAGAAUAAUAAUGAUGGAAAUAAUAAUAAUAGAAAUUAUUAUAAUAAUGAUCAGGAUAAUAAUAGAAACUCUAAUAAAGAGCAUUACAAGUAGAGGAAUUACCAUAAUAGAGACAAUCAAGGAUAUGAAACCAAAUAAUAGGGAGGAGAGGAAGAGACUUAAAGAAAAUAGUAUUACAGAGGAAAUUAACAAAAUGAAAUAAAAGAGUUUGCUUUUAGUUCGCAUCAUGAUAAGUAAAAGAAGGAAUCCCAGAAAUCAGCAGUUAAAUCCAACAACAUAUUCGACGCAUUAAAGUGAGUGUACACCAAUAAAUUAAUGUUAUUUGUGUUUUUUGAUACGAUAACCUAACUCGUUA